CAGGGAUUCCUCUCCUGCCCUCUCCCCCCCCUCGGAGCGCUGUCUGUGAUCUCAUCUGCACAACAUCCACUGGACUUAAGUUCCACAGUUGAUUUGAUGUAAAUACGCUUCUGCUGUCGAGGCGCAGCAAAGUGUAUCGGCCAGGCGUCUGGUCCCCCCAUUCUGCUGGAAGGCUGCCAGCCACAGGUCACAUGACCUGGAAGAAAAAACCUAGGAGAGUUUUGGGAUCCCUCUUUGCAUGGGCUGGCUAUCAACCUGAAGGGAAGUCCAAAGGCUGAUGAACUGAUCUGUGUGAGACCACACUGCUCUGGUGUCCUAUAUGCCCUGGGAACACAACACCCAGCACAAAUCUGGUGACUGGCUGGCUGGAAUACCGCCCUACUCCUUCUCCUUCUGAGGACAUCCCAAUCCAGGACUGGUCUUACCCCCCCUCCCCCCAGCAUGGAGCCCACCAAAGUCCAAUCAGAGGGAGGCCUCAACGUCACCCUGACCAUCCGCCUCCUCAUGCAUGGAAAAGAGGUUGGAAGUAUAAUUGGAAAGAAAGGGGAAACAGUAAAAAAGAUGCGAGAAGAGAGCGGAGCGCGGAUCAAUAUUUCCGAGGGCAACUGUCCAGAGAGGAUUGUCACCAUCACUGGACCAACAGACACCAUCUUCAAGGCUUUUGCCAUGAUUGCCUACAAGUUUGAAGAGGACAUAAUCAAUUCCAUGAGCAACAGCCCAGCGACCAGCAAGCCCCCCGUCACCUUAAGGCUUGUAGUGCCAGCCAGCCAGUGUGGAUCCCUCAUAGGAAAAGGAGGCUCCAAAAUAAAAGAAAUGAGAGAGUCCACAGGGGCCCAGGUUCAGGUGGCCGGGGACAUGCUGCCCAACUCGACAGAACGUGCAGUGACAAUCUCCGGGACCCCAGAAGCCAUCAUCCAGUGUGUCAAACAAAUCUGUGUGGUAAUGCUGGAGUCCCCACCUAAAGGUGCCACCAUCCCUUAUCGCCCAAAGCCGGCCUCCACCCCAGUCAUUUUUUCUGGCGGCCAGGCCUACACAAUUCAGGGACAGUACGCCAUACCACACCCAGAUCAGUUGACCAAGCUCCACCAGUUGGCUAUGCAGCAAACCCCCUUUACCCCUCUCGGACAGACCACCCCUGCUUUCCCUGGUACGUACCCACAAGGCCCUUUAGAUUCUUCCUUCUCUUUGCAUCCAGAAACAUUUUUCUCUUCCCCUACCUUGCACCUUAUCUCUCUUUUGGCACAGCAUGACUCGGCCCCUGUG